AUGGCCUUCUUGGAGUGCGUCGGCUGCUCGUUGGUAGCAUUCGGGCCGUCGCUAGCCAUCUUCUGGGUGUUAAUUGUGGGCCAGCCCAGCCGGCUCGUGGUGUUCAUCGUUUCCUCGUUCUUCUGGCUCCUGUCGUUGCUGCUAUCGUCUGUAGCCUGGUUUAUGCUGAAAGAACUUUUCGACGCCCCGUUCGCCGUUAGCCUCGUCACGUCUGAAUUCUUCAGGUAUCUGGCAUUCCGAACACUGCGCAAGGCCGAGGAGGCGCUGAACGUAGUCAAUCUUGUCGGCUCGGACUUGGACGUGGCUCUUGUUCGCUACCACAUCUCGUUCGCCUGCGUCUCCGGCCUUGGCUUUGGAACUACCAGCGCAGCCUCAGCGAUGCUCAACCUCCUCGCGGACGUGGGCGCCGGACCAGGCACGGUGGGAUUCUUCGCCGACCACGAGAGCGUGGACUUGAUCAUCUACUCGGCGACGGCCGCGUGUCUCGCUCUGCUCCACACCUUAUGGAGCGUGAUAGCGUCCAACGCGUUGCUGUUCCGGCGCUACGGCGUUUUGCUGUUCGUGCCAGCCGCCCAUCUCUUCACCGCGGGCGUGACGACCCUAACUCCAAAUGCGCACCGGGACGUCCUGUAUGAGGCCAUGCCUCUUGCGGCGACCGGCGUGGUGCUCUAUAUGAGUGCAGUCACGGCUUUCGUUGUUUCCGGAGGCACACCGAGAAACCUGCUUUCAUGCCUCGGAGGUCUCUUGCGCAACCCCGGCGCAUCAUUCAAUGCUCCAGAAGUCCCUCGGGGGCAACUAUGA